GCGACCGGACGUGGGAGGAAGCGGUUGUCCGGAGCCAGGGGGGCUGAAGCCGGCUGGCGCGCGCGGCUCGGAGUCGUUUUUCUUCGGAGCGCUGUCGAGGGCGCGCCCCCGGAGCGGACUUAUCUGCGCUCGUCGCUCUCCCUGUCGCCACCGGACCGGAGGCAGGGGUGGGUCCAGUCACCUCGACGCUCGCCCUGGGUAGAGGAGGCAGGAUGGAGUUCAAGCUGGAGGCUCACCGCAUCGUCAGCAUCUCCCUGGGCAAGAUCUACAACUCGCGGGUCCAGCGGGGCGGCAUCAAGCUGCACAAGAACCUUCUGGUCUCGCUGGUGCUGCGCAGCGCACGCCAGGUCUACCUGAGCGACCCCUGCCCUGGCCUCUACCUGGCCGGCCCCGCGGGGACUCCGCUGGCGCCGCCGCCGCCGCAGCAGCCCGGGGAGCCGGCGCCCGGCGCCACCCCGCAGAAGAAGCCGCGCCGGCACUCGGAGGAGCAGCCCGGCGGCGAAGAGGACGGCGGCGAGGAGGAGAUGGAGACGGGCAACGUGGCUAACCUCAUCAGCAUCUUCGGUUCCAGUUUCUCGGGACUCUUACGGAAAAGCCCCGGGGGCGGCCGGGAGGAGGAAGAGGCCGGGGAGGGCGGUCCGGAAACCGCCGAGCCGGGGCAGAUCUGCUGCGAUAAGCCGGUGCUGAGAGACAUGAACCCCUGGAGCACAGCCAUCGUGGCCUUCUGAGCCCCAGGUCCCGGGCGGCGGGGUGGAGGUUGAGCAGCGGGGCGUCCCCGAAGUGAGGGCCGGGCCUCUCCCGGCGACGAGGACGCCCCGAGACGGCAGGCGCCGAGCGCGUCGGGGGAGACUGGUGGCUGCGGGGCAGCACCCUGACCCCGGCCUGGCAAGCCCUGCUGUGUCGAGACUCGAGGCUCGGGCGGGAGACCUGGAGUCGGAGGCUUAAUCCUAGGAAGAGGACGAUCGAUCGUUAACCUUUUGUGUACGUGUGUGUCUGUAAGUUCGUCUUGUUGAAUUUAGACUUUUUUGUUGUUGUUGUUGUUGUCCGCCUGGAACGCACCACCCCUUCCCCGGGGCUUAAGACUUUUGGGGACUGACAGGGACUUUCCUCCGCCCUCCGCCCGGAGAAGGAAGCGGCUGACGGCGGGGGCGCGGGAGUUCCCCGGCUGAUCUCGGGGAGGAAGGGGACUUUACACACCGUUGUCGUGCGAGUUGAGCUGCCCCCCGAGCCGGGAGGGGCCUCCUCCCCGGAUUGCCUGCCACUGGCGGGGAGCAGCCCGCAGCGGAGACUCUCAUUCCUUCUCUCCUCCCCACCAUCUUCGCACAGAAGAAGCGUUCUGACCCUGUGAUUACUCUGGGGAAAGGGGAAUAUUAAGGGACCUUCAUCUCCUCACGG